AUGUCUUUCCCCCAGCUGGGCUACCAGUACAUCAGGCCGAUUUACCCGGCGGAGCGCCCGGGGAGCGGCGGCUCCCGCGGCGGCGCCGAGCUGGCCCCGUCCGGGACCCUCUCCAACGUGCUCUCCUCCAUGUACGGCGCGCCCUACGCCGCCGCCGCCGCCGCCCAGGGCUACGGAGCCUUCCUGCCCUACGCCGCCGAGCUGCCCAUCUUCCCCCAGCUGGGCGCCCAGUACGAGCUGAAGGAGAGCCCGGGGGUGCAGCACGCCGCCUUCUCCCACCACCACCCCGCCUUCUACCCCUACGGGCAGUACCAGUUCGGGGACCCGUCGCGGCCCAAGAACGCCACCCGGGAGAGCACCAGCACCCUCAAGGCCUGGCUCAACGAGCACCGGAAAAACCCCUACCCCACCAAGGGCGAGAAGAUCAUGCUGGCCAUCAUCACCAAAAUGACCCUCACCCAGGUCUCCACCUGGUUCGCCAACGCGCGGCGGCGGCUCAAAAAGGAGAAUAAAAUGACCUGGGCCCCCCGCAGCAGGACGGACGAGGAGGGCAACUCCUACGGGAGCGACCACGAGGGGGAAGAGGACAAGAGGGAGGACGAGGAGGAGAUCGACCUGGAGAACAUCGACACCGAGAACAUCGAGAGCAACAAGGACGAGCUGGAGGACGAGCUGCAGGACGCCGACCUCCUGCACUCCGACUCCAAGACGGACUCGGAGGGCUCCGAGGGCUUCGAGGACCUGCCCGGCUCCGAGGAGCGCUACCUCAAGGCCGCCGAGGGGGAGCCGCACCACCUCCGCCACCACCACCACCUCCACCACCACCACCACCACCACCACCACAAGUGCGAGCUCCCCGCCGCCGCCGCCCCCGCCGGCCUGGAGCCCCUCAAGCCGCCCCUCCAGCCGCCGCCGCACCACCUCUCGCCCCCCUCCUCCGCCUCCUCCUCCGCCGCCUCCUCCCCGACGGACGGCGCUUUGGCCGGCACGCUGCCGAAGCCCAAGAUCUGGUCGCUGGCCGAGACGGCCACCAGCCCGGACAACCCCCGCAAGUCUCCCGGCGGCGGCUCCCCGCCGGCGGCCGCCCCGCAGCCGCUGCCGCUGCCGCCCCCGCCGCCCCCGCCGCCCCACAGACUCGUCUCCUCCUGCCCCCUGGGCAAGUUCCCCAACUGGACCAACCGCGCCUUCCCGGCCCACCACCACCACCACCACCCGGCCCCGCACCCGCUGGCCUUACUGAACACUCCCCACCUGCUGGGGCUGGGGGCCGCCCCCGCCGCCCCCCCCGCCGCCGCCGCCGCCGCCUUCCCGCGGCCCGCGGACCAGGCGCAGAGCGCGGAGCCCGCCGGAGCAGAUCGAUCUAGUGCCUUGGAAGUAGAGAAAAAGUUAAUAAAGACAGCUUUCCAGCCAGUGCAGAGGCGGCCCCAGAACCAACUUGAUGCCGCUAUGGUUCUAUCGGCGUUGUCAUCAUCAUAGUUAAUUUUUUAUUCUUGUUGUAAUGAUUGUAAAAAAAAAAAA